AUGGAACCCACCUCCCUCACCCCCAACGACCCCACAUCCGCCACCCCAGCACAGAGUCGCUCCUCAUCCCGCGCCCCCAACGUCCGACGGCAGGAAACAGAAGACAGCGAGAAGGCGGGACGAGUCUGGGCGAGAGAGGCGGAGGAGGAUCCCUGGGCGCCUUGCAUUUUGACUCUGGAUGGAGGGGGGAUUAGGGGGUACAGCAGUUUGUUGAUUUUGAAGGCGUUGAUGCAUGAGGUUUGGGAGUGGGAGGUGCGGUUGGCGGAGGAGGAGGAUGAUGGGGAGGAGGGGAGGGUUGGGAGGGCCCAGGCGGCAAUGGACACGGGAGGGAAUGAAUCCCCAAAGAGGAAGACCUCCCCCCCCGUCCACUACUUCGACUUCAUGUACGGCACAUCAACAGGCGGCCUCAUCGCCACCCUCCUCGGCCGCCUUCGCAUGUCCGUCCCGGAAGCCCUCACCCUCUACCGCACCGUCGGUGACGACCUCUUCGGCUCCCGCCGCUCCCGCGUCCCCCUCAUGACAAAAUACCACCACGAGCCCCUCGAGCGCGCCGUGCGCUCCAUCGUCGCGUCCCGCUGCACCGACCACCCGGACUGCGACGGCAACGACCUGCACCCGUGGCCCGAAUACCUCGAUCCCUCCGUCCUCGCCCAACCCGCUCCCUUCUCCGUCUCCGAACCACGAGUCUGCCAGAGCUGCUGUCUGACCGCGACCCACGACUCCAACAUCAGCGAAGCCUACCUCCUGCGAAGCUACCCCCACUACUACUCCCCCACCGCCCCGAACUGGAUAACUCGCUACAACGAAGGCGCCGCCCCCAUCUCCAUCUGGCGCAUGGCCCGCGCAACGACGGCGGCGCCCUUCUACUUUGAAAUGCUCCAUACGGUCCUCGAAGGCAUCCCGCGAGACUUCAAAGACGGCGGCAUCCGCGAGAACAACCCCGCUCCCGCCGCUUUAUCCGAAUUCCACUCCCUGUACGAAGGCACGGGGAUCGAGAACCCCGCGUUAUUACUGUCUGUCGGAACCGGGCGCCCGGAUACAACGCACGACGGGUUCGCGGAUACGCCGUGGCCAGGGGCGUUCGGGAAAGUGCCGUUUGUGUCGAAAUUCCUCGAGAAGCGCGCCGUUCUCCAGAACCUGCUGAUCAAGUACACGGAAGGCGAGCACGACCACCAACAAAUGCGCUCCCACGCCCGGGGCGAGAAUACGUGGUAUAAACGGCUCAACGUCUCCGAAGGGCUCGAGCAGAUGGGUCUGGAUUCCUGGGAGCGCGGGGAGUGGCGCGGGGAGAAAGGGGUUGCGGGGGGAAAGACGCUGUCGAGGAUGGAAGACGUCACGGGGGCGUAUUUGGGGAGGGGGUUUCGGCAUGAGGUGGAUAGUUAUGCGCCGCCCGGUGUGAUGUUGGGGCAGGUUGCGGAGAAGGUGGUUAGGAUGAGGAGGGCGAGGGAGGGAGAGGGGGGGGAGAGGUGGGAUGUUUUCGUUGGCAAGGCUUUGAAACAGAAGGAUGGGAAGGCUUCUGCGGAUGAGCCGUUUGGUCAAAUGAAUGCGAAGGCGUCUGCAAAUGGGGAGGCCGGAUGA